GGUUCUAAGCACCGCUGGGCAGCGUAGGGCCACCGUGUGUACCUCCCAGCAGCUGCGGGCUGCUGAAGCUCUGCUCUCAGCCCUGUGUCCGCAGGUUUCGGUUCGCCUUUAGCCGCCGUAUCCUACUCCAGGUGGCUGAGCGCAUCCUUCCGCCUCGACCCCACCGCUGAGGUCCGGGCCGGAGGCUAGAAGCGGCCGGGCCCGGCCCAGCUCCCAGCCGGCCCUCGCCCCUUACGCCCGCGGGUCCUGCCGCCCCUUUCCUCUGCGGGAUGAUGCUGGAGUCCAUUCGCGUGACGGAAAAGCUUCACUGGCCUGAGCAAGAACUUGCUAAGAAGUCUGUUCUAAAUGCAGAAGAUUCAUUUAUCAUUGACAGCAAAAGAAACAUUCCAUAUUUACCCACUGGAAUACUAAAGGACAUUUUCACAACUGGAACCAGUAGUUACAAUGUUCUACUACAGAGCAAGGAGGAGAAAAAGCAUCAUGCACAAAAAGAGUCUUCCUCCACCUCCUCCAAAAAAUAUAGAAAACCCAGCAAGAUUUCUGUCUCUUCUCAUAGCAAAGAUCCUCACAGGACGAAAGCCUCAGCGCCUGUGACAAGCAGUGGUUCUUGGUACUGCCUGGAGAGGCAGCCUGCUGUUCUUGUCACUAGUUCAGUGUCAAAUCCUGUAAAGUUUACACAUGAUAUCUCUGUUACAGGUAACAGCAUAGUACUGCCGCCUAAACCCAAAAGCAAGGUCAAGCGGCGUAAUUUCUCGAUUCUUCCAAAGCCACAGCCACAGCCUCAGCUGUCUAGAAGCUUUGAAAAAGGAGAUGACAUUUCUGGAAAAAGAUUUUGUAUAUUGACUGCUAUAAAGCCCACCAACUUAGAGAAAGAAAAACUGAGAUUCUUCAAAUCUGACUAUACCUACAAUCCCCAAUUUGAAUAUGCUAAUCUUGCUCUGUCAAGUGUGUUAGCCAAGCACAGCAACGCAUCUGACCGAUUUCUAAAGCAGUCCAUCAAUAUUAUGGAACUGACUUUACAGAAAUAUGGAAGUUAUGAAAAAUUUGAACAAGCCACUGGUGGUAGCUUGCUAUCUAAACCUCGAAUCUGGAGUCAUGUUAGGAAGUACAUGAUGAAGGAAGGCUGCCUGGGGGAGAUUGUAGUUCAUCUCACUGAGGAUCUGCUGUCCCGGGCUUCAAUGACAGUAGUAAAUGGAUGUCCAACUCUGACUAUCAAUGUCUCCACGGCACGCGAGCACUGGCUGGAGGGAAUGCUGAGGCAUGAGAUAGGCACACAUUAUUUUCGAGGUAUGAACAACCUUCAGCAGCCAUGGAACAGUUGGACUGGCCGUAAAAAACAUGAGCUGAAGCCAAAUAAUCCCACAGAGGAAGGACUAGCGAGUAUUCACAGUGUCCUCUUUAGGAAAGACCCUUUUUUAUGGAGGGCUGCCCUCCUCUACUACACUGUUUAUCGAGCCAGCCAGAUGUCUUUUUCUGAACUCUUCAAAGAUAUUGGCAAGUUUGUCAAGGACCCCAAUACAAGAUGGGACUAUUGUGUACGGGCCAAAAGGGGAUGGACCGAUACUUCCCGACCAGGGUGUUUUAGUAAAGACCAAGUGUAUUUGGAUGGAAUUCUUCAAAUCCUCCGAUACAGAGAUACCAUAGACUUUCAUCUACUCACUGCCCUAGGGAAGGUUUCCUAUGAAGAUGUGGAUCGCUUAAAAGGACUGGCAGUUACGGAAAACAUGAGGGUCCCUCACUUCCUGCAGGACCAUGGCCGAUACAUGGAGCACUUGGAAAAGAUCAUGGAAGUGAAUGAGCUGACCGACAGGGAGCUGAAAGACCUCAUAUAGUAAUUAGCGUUCCUGCAAACAUAGCUGAACUAUGCCUUCAUGCACAUUAGCAGUUGGGUGUAGUUAGCGCCAGCAGAUUUAUAAAAGAAUACCUAUUUACUUGAGUUUUCUGAAGAAUAAUCUUCAGUAGUCAGCUGAAUUUUUAGGUUAAGUACAAAGCUUAAAUGAUUUCCCUAAAAUGUUUGUAUAGGCUGCAGGGGGAAGUUACUCCUAUUUUCAUCUGAAUUUCAACAGAGCCAGAUGAAAAUGCUACUACUAAGUGUUUUUCAACACUUCUAGUCAAAUUGAGCAAAAAUCUUCUGCCUGAAGUUUGGCACUGGCCUACUGCUGCGUGAGCAUCAAAACCAGCUCUGAUGGGAGACUGGCUGAAUUCCAGUGACUUCAGCCUCUAAAGUGAUAUUUAAUUUGAUAAACAGUGGUAAUUGUUCUCCUUUGAGAAGUAAGUUUUGUGGUGCUCCAAAAAGCUAGUUAUAUCAGGAUUUCUUAUUGCUCUAUGUUAAAUAAUGUUAAAGGGAAGGGAAAGCAGUUUGAAAGUUUUUUAUUUUAACAUUAUUAUUUUACCUUUUCAGCUUAUGUGAACUAGAGAAUUACUUCUUUUUUCCCAGUUGUAUUUUCAUUUGAUGAAACAUAUUGUACUCCCUUUAACUUUUUUACAAAGUUCUAAGGCCUUUCCCACUGCAGCUUCAUGUAAAUGAUAAGUACAAGUGCCAGAGAAGUUUGUCUACAGAAACCAAAAUAGUUGGCAGAGUUGGAUGCUUGCUCACCUUUUUAUUAAAUGGAAUAUGUAAUGAGCAGAGGACAAAUAGUCUGACCUUAGUUACAUUUAGUAGCUGGAUGUUGACUGGGGAGCAUCUGCACUAGUAAACUUGACCAUGCUCUGAAAAGUGAAAUUUCUGGACAUUGCCAUUGAUAAGCUGGCUUUGUGAUACUGGCUCAGUGUAUUUUAUCAAAAUCUUUUACAUCAUCAACCCAAUAAUGUCAUAGUUUGAAUUGAAAAAUGAGAAUUGUGUUUUGUUAGAUUUCUCCUGAUACGAGCUUAUAUAUUUUACUUUGUAACUUAUCAGUUUCAGUAUACAUUUGGAUGUAUAUAUUGGGAUCAAAUGGUUCUUCAUAUAACUUAUUUUAAUCCUCAGAAAGAAUGCUGCUCUAAGUACUCUAUUGAAGACUGCUCCUGAAAUCUCCACCUAAAGUUAUCUGAAAAUUUAUCUUUACCUCAGUUCAGGCUAAAAUAUGGUGCUAACACUGGUAGAUGUGUACUAUGAAGCCUGUUCCAUAUUCAUGCUAGAAAAUGAUUUUAGGAGAUGUUUUGCAGGCUAGGUUAUGUGAUAUUUCUUUCACAUGUCUAGAGGAGCUUGCUUCAGAGAAGGAUAUUGCAGCAAACAGGAUAUACUCUAGCUGUUGCCUGGGAGUUCCUGCAAAGCCAGGUAUCACCUUUGGCAGUAGAAGGCCAGGUCCUUUGGAGCACUGAAAGCCCACCACCACCCAUGUGCUGUGCUGGCUGGUAUGUGUCUUACACAUCAGUGCACCAGGCUAGGGGCAGAGUGUGCCAACACUAACCAGAUGCUGGAAUCUACCUUUGACACCUCGAGUAUGUAUCCCCUUGUAGCAGUCAUGUACUUUCAGCUUUGUGCAGUGUUUUCUUUCCUUUUUUUUUUUUCUUUGUUUUUUUUAAGAGAUAGGGUCUCGCUGUGUUGCCCAACUAAACUUGAACUUCUGGGCUCAAGUGAUCCUCCCACCUCAGCCUUCCCAAUAGCUGGGACUACAGGCAUGCACCACUGCCGUGUCCAGCUUGUGUAGUGUUUUCUGACUUUAUCUUAAAACUUAUCAAAGGUGAUUGAGAAAACAGUGUUUUAGAAGUAUAGACAGAAAUGGCAAUAUCUAUGUCCUGUAAUUGAAGCUGAAAGGUUGUAAAUUCCACAUUUGCAGGCAAUAGCACUUCUAAUCUUACAUUAUGGUUCAUAAAGGAAAAUCACAGCAGCCUUAAUUUCCUUUUGGUAGGAUCAUUUGCAGUGGUUCUGAUCCCUGAGUUUUGGAAUGGAUGGAGAUUCCUCUUAGUCUGUUUCGGAAAAGGAAUUACUUUCUUGCCUUACUGCUUUAGUAUAAAGAUGAAAAACAUGAGCACUCUGCAGACAAAAUGACCUUAAAUCACAUUGAUUGUCUUAAGAUAUUUUAAAAGGUAACAGUGAACCAAAAGUAGUCUCAUAUUAGCAGACAUACUUAUAGAGUGCUAAGCUUUAAAAGUUAAGAUUAAAGAUUUAAUGAAUGUUUAUUAAUUCUUCUUCCUGAAAGAGCAUAAGGUCAGUUUUGUUCCCUAAAAUAAAAGUUUUAAUAAACAGAAAAUUAUAGCAACAAUACUUAGGAUAGUUGAAGAUCAUAUUAAUUUGAAUGUUAAUUAAUAUGAUUUUCAAUAGCAGAGCUAUUGAUUUCAUCAGUUUUGUCCACUAUUAUCUUAACAUAGUUUUAUCAAAUACAAAUUCUGAUAAACUGUUAGGUUUUAAUACCAGACAGGAUUCAAAGUAAAUUAAUGUUUGCAAACAUAAAUCUAUAGUCUUCAUUUCUUUAUAUUUCUACCUUUGUAAAAGUGUUUAUAAUUUGUAUUGUUUGUUUUGUAUAUCUGAGCAUUUUGUGUCUAGCUAUAAUAAAAAAUAGCAUUGAGAUUCU